AUUACUGCAUCAUUGGUGGGUAUUUGUGUCCUCCAUCAAACAAGGUUGAUAAUAAAGCUACACACACAACACAAACAACAAAUACAAGAAAAACUCACAAACCCACGAAACACAAACCCCUGAAGAACAAAGAAAACCAGAGAAAUGUGCUGUUGUUGUGGUGAGGACUGUGAAUGCAGGCCUUUGGGCUUUCUGUUGGGUCUGCCCUUUGCCUUCUUAUCCCUCCUCCUCUCCCUCGUCGGCAUCGUCAUCUGGGUCGUCGGGUUGGUGUUGAGCUGCUUAUGCCCAUGUUGCUUGUGCGUGACGGCGAUAGUGGAGCUAGCUCUCUGCUUGAUCAAGGCUCCCAUUCAUGUCAUGAAGUGGUUCACCGAUCAGAUCCCUUGCUAGACGACCCCUCAAUUUAGCAUUAAAAAUUCAAUCAUCCAAAUUACUGAUUUUUUAUGAAUGUUCUGUAAAUGUUUAUGAGAGCUCAGUUAUAUUGAUGAUCAAAGAUUUGAGUGAUCGUAUCAGUGUUGAUACAAUUCAUUUAUAAAUUUCUUUUUUUUUUGGGUCGUUGUCAAAGAUAACUUUAGUAUAUUAAUAUAGUUAGAUUAUAACUUAAAGAAUUUACUGUUAC